AGUCCACUCGCUGGCUGUAACAUUUUUGGUCCUUUGUCGAGCCGGAUUGGGUUAUAAUACGAAGAUGCCAACUACAAGAUCGGGUUCGACGCAGUCUAAGACUGCAGGAAAUAGUUCGUCGUCGGACAGGAGUAUGAACACUCCGAGCGAUACUGCAAGCUCCGCCGCUACGAGUAUCGCAAGUAGGUCGACGCUCACGAAGAGGACGCCGACAACAAGUCCGAAAGGAAGCCGGGCCCCCGUACCCCAGUCCAAGGACGCCACCAGGAGGGAAUCAACGUCAGCAGAGGCGGUGCGCCCCGCCCCCCUGACACACGCCGCCGCGAAAGAGGUUGAAGAUUCAAACCCCGCACGUGAAGAAGGCAGUCAUACUACGCUGCAGAAUCCAAAUCGAAGCGUUGGAAUCAGGACGUUGUCGAGAGAAGGGACUCUGCAGCAGCUUGAUCCUGGGAACCCGGCCCGGGACAGGGACACAAUGUCUACUCGCUCUUCGCAUAGGAAGAGAGCAGAAGCGCAAGCAAGAUUGACUGUGGCGUUACGGGAGCAAGAAAUGGCGGAAGCACGACUAAGGGUGGCGCAAGCACAACUAGAGCUUGUCGCCGCUGAGUCGGAAGAUGAAGAUGGAGCUGGUGAAGAAAUAUACGAGCGAACUCAUGAAGUGGAACAGUGGUUCAUCCAAACCAGCGCCGGGUCAAGCAAGGAACAGAGGCCGGUCGAGUCAAAAGAUAAGAAGAGCGACAUUCAGAAGCUGGCAGAAGCAAUAGGCAAGCUGUCCGGGAAUUCGCGUGACGUCAUCGCGCCGAAGUACAUCGAACUUCCUUACUUCAAUGGAGCCUGUGAAGAAUGGUUGGCGUUCAGAAGGACGUAUGAAGAUACGGCUGCCUCCUUCAGCGCCGCACAGAACCUGGCUCGCCUCAGAAGAGCCAUAAAGGGGAAGGCGAAAGAAGCAGUUCAGAGUUUACUGUUUACCGCUGAGAAGCCACAUGAAGUAAUCAAGGCAUUGGAAUCAAGAUAUGGAAGACCUGGUGCACUGGCUUUAGCUGAGUUGGAAAAACUGAAGAACUUGUCGAAAGUGAGCGAAAGUCCUGGCGAGAUCUGCGUGUUUGCAAGUCGAGUCAAGAACGCCAUCGAGACAAUCAAGGCUUUGAAGAAACCUCAGUACCUCAGCUCGCCUGAAACAUUGAAGGCUAUUGUAGACAAGAUGCCACCUACCAUGAAGUUUCGUUGGUUCGCAUAUCAUAGGGGUCGGAGAGAUGAAGACAUUCAGGAACUUUUACUCAUUGAAGAAUUCCUGGAUAUUGAAGCCGACAUGUGUGGGGACUUUGCCCCGCCAGAAGUUCCAUCUGAUAAGAAGUGUUCAAGAAGACCUGUACACACUGUACAAGAAGAGUCUCAAGAUAAGAAGUUUAAGAAGUCGUGUCCCGUUUGUGAAGAGGAACAUUUUGCAACAGAGUGCAAGAAGUUCAAAGAAGCGUCGAUUGAUAAGAAAUGGGACAUCAUCAAGAAAGCGAAGAUUUGUUUUAAGUGUCUUCGCUUCAAGCACUUAAGAAGCAACUGUAAAGCGCCUGUCUGCAGGAAGUGUAGAAGAUGGCAUCACACUAUCUUACACUCGGACAAGCCAGAAGUACAGAAGUCAAGCAAGGAAGGCGCAUCAGAAGAGAAAGUCGCCUCAGUCCACAACAAUAGGGAUGAAGACAGAGCAUAUUUGAAGAUUGUUCCGGUGCAACUCUACGGGCCCAAGGGACAAGUUCGUGUGCUCGCGUUGUUGGACGAAGGGUCGACCGUCACUCUCUUAGACGCGUCGAUAGCCGAGAAGAUUGGAGCUGCAGGAAGUCGCCAAGCACUCACAAUCGAAACCGUCGGCGGGAAGGUCAUAAGGAAAGAUAGCUCACAGAAGAUCAACUUGAAGAUUAAGGGGGUUCACAGAAGGGAUAAGAAGACUAUCACUGUUAGAACCAUCGACGAUCUGAAGCUAUCUGAACAAAGGGUCAACAGGAGCACUGUAAAGAAUUGCCUACACUUGAAGGCAAUUGAAAGGCAGUUGCUCUACGACGCAGAGCGACCGAAGUUGUUGAUUGGGCAAGACAAUUGGGGACUCAUAGUCACAAGAAGACUGAAGAAGGGCAAGCCAACUGAACCCGUAGCCUCACUCACACACUUAGGGUGGGUGCUACAUGGGUGUGAAACCGGAUCGAACGCCGUAGUCAACUUCAUGCACUACGGCAGGGCAACGUCAGAAGGUGAAGACAUUGAAGAAGUCGUCCGGGAACAUUUUCAGUUAGAGUCUCUGGGGAUUCAAAAUCGACUGCCAUCAAACGACAGCGAUAGAAGAGCAUUGGAAACCUUAGAGAAAACAACGAAGCGACUACCAAGCGGUCAAUUCGAAGCAGGCCUCUUGUGGAAGAAGGAAGGCGAGACCCUACCCAACAACUACAAUCAAGCGUUUCGUCGCCUGGUCAACAUAGAGAAGAAGCUGGAUCGUGAAGAAGAUGUCAAGGAAUAUUAUGAGAAGCAGAUCCAGACAUUAAUAGAAAAUGGUUACGCCGAGAAGGCCCCUGUAACCACCACUAAGGGGAAAACAUUCUACUUACCUCACUUCGCCGUCGUACACCCGGUCAAGAGGAAGCCAAGAAUUGUUUUCGACGCAGCAGCCAAGUAUGAAGGAAGAAGCCUCAACGACGCAUUGCUAGCAGGACCUGACUUGCUGCAGUCGCUAUUUGGGGUGCUACUGCGCUUUAGAGAAGGCCCAGUGGCAGUCAUGGCUGACAUACAAGACAUGUUUCUUCGUGUCAAAGUUAAGGAAGAAGACCGGGAUUGUUUAAGGUUCCUCUGGAGGGGAAGCAGAAGAACAGGCAAACCGGAAGAGUACAGGAUGUCGUCGAUAAUAUUUGGAGCAGCGUCAUCACCUGCGACAGCUAUAUACGUGAUGAAUAAGAACGCAGAAGACUUCAAGAUCACGCACCCUAAAGCUGUGAAGGCAAUAAGAAGAAAUCAUUACAUGGAUGAUUAUCUUCAAAGUUUCUCGUCAACCGCCGAAGCAAAGAAAAUUUCAAGAGAAGUUAAAGAAAUUAAUUCAAAGGCAAGAACUCUUAUCAUACGAAGCUAUCAUGAGAAGUUUCUACACGGUAACACAGCGACCGUGAUGAACGAGGUCCGACAGAAGUAUUGGAUUCUCGGUUUAAGGGCAACAUUGAAGGCAGUAGCACACGGUUGCCAAUGGUGCAAACUAAGGAAGAGUACACCCGCCAUACCGCCGGCGGGCGACCUGCCGAGCGAGCGGCUGCAACAUCAUCAGUUCCCGUUUGCUUGUACGGCAGUCGACUAUUUCGGGCCGAUGCAAGUAACGAUCGGCAAGAGAGUCGAGAAGCGGUGGGUGGCAUUGUUCACCUGCCUCACCACCAGGGCUGUUCACCUGGAGUUGGCGCCAUCUCUCAGUGCCAGCUCCAUGAUUAUGGCCCUGCGACGGAUGGCGGCCAGAAGAGGGACUCCAAGAACGUUGUUCAGCGACAACGGCACGAACUUCGUCGGGGCGAACAAAGAAUUGGAGGCGGCCGCACUUGAAAAGGGAAUCAAGUGGAAGUUUAUUCCCCCGGGCAGCCCAAACAUGGGAGGCGCCUGGGAGAGGCUCGUGCGCACCGUGAAGACGGCGUUGGCGGUGGUGCUCAACGAAAGGAGCCCACCAGAAGAGGUGCUUCACACGCUGAUGACUGAGGUCGAACACAUCGUGAACACUAGACCUCUCACCCCAGUCAGCAUGGACCCCAACGAUGCAGAAAGUUUGACCCCAAAUCACUUCCUGCUGGGGAGAUCGUGCGGAGCAAUGGCGCCGGGAGAGUUCGAGGACACCGAGCUGGUCGGCAAAGCAACCUGGAGAACAGCGCAAAGGCUCGCCGACCACUUUUGGAGACGGUGGGUGAAAGAGUACCUGCCGCUCCUCAUGCCGCGGAAAAUCGACGGGCGAACAACCGUCGACCCCAAAGAAGGCGACGUCGUAUUGAUAGUCGACGCCGCGCUACCCCGCAACUCGUGGCCUCGAGGUGAAGUUAUCAAAGUCUACCCCGGGCCAGAUGGAAGAACGAGAGUACUGGACGUGCGGACAUCAGGAGGAGUGCUGCGCCGGCCAACCAGAAGGGUCGUCGUGCUCGUGCCUGCAGCAGCAUCGUCGCAUCCAGAGGACGGCGUGCUACGCACCGCGGGGGAGAAUGUUAGCGACGAUGACAACUACGUACACCUAAAUUAAGUAUGUUAUAGUUUUUGUUUGAUUAACGUUUCAAGUUUCU